AUGAGGAACUUGGGUGUGUGGCUACUAUGGAAAUUGCACAGUGGAACAAGUCUAGAAGCAAAAUUGUGGGCUAUGUACAAAGGAUUGACUGUCAUACUACAAAAAGGAAUGAACCAAGUCAUGAUUGAGACCGAUGCUGAACAGGUGGUGCAAUUACUGCAAGAAGAACCAGGUGACAGAUGCCCCUUCAAGAACCUGGUGGAAGAUGCUCAAAUACUACUCAGAGAGUGUGAAUGCUCUGUGCAACAUGUCUGGAAAGAAGGAAAUUUUUAUGCUGAUUUUUUGGCAAAAAUGAGAGCCAACCAACCAGAAGAGAUGCUGCUGAUGAACGAUCCAUCGGCUGAGUUAAGAGAGCUGCUUGUAUCUGAUAUGAUAGGAAUGGGUAGGGAGAGGACUUAG